AUGAGCGCAGGCAACUCAAGCGCGAGCUUCAUUCCCCUUUCGGUGGACUUCUCUCACUCUGAAGAUUACGUCAUCUACGCUUUUCACCUCGCCUUCGCCACGUGCGCGUCCGUUCUCGCCGGCUCCGUGCUCGCGGGCAUCCUAAGAACGAGAGCCCUGCGCGCGCAGAACAGGUUCGUUUUCAUGGUGAACACGAGCAUCAGCGACACUCUGACGGGCCUCUCCGUCUAUUAUCUGGGCCUUUUCGAUGUCCAGGAGGGCUACCCGUCCAGAAACGGGACCUUCCACGUACUGCCCUCGCUGCUGGGGGUGAACAUCCUCACGUUCAUGUUUGCCCAGUUUGACCGUUACUGCGCCGUGUGCCAUCCCUUCUUCUAUGACCGUUACAUUUCCAGAUCAGUGGUCAUUGGGGUGUGCGUCUACUGCUGGUUCCACAUUUACGCGCAGCUGCUCGCGUCCAGUGUGGUGCCAGUGGCCACGGCUGCCCAAAUAUACGCCUUCAGCAUAGCGAGCUUGCAGGCCAUAGUGCUGACCAAAGUGGUCAUGACUGUCAAACUGUACGUGGUCGCUAAUUCCCAGCUGAAGCGCGAGCCGCCAGGGCCCGAUAAAGAGGAAAAGAAGGAGUCGUUGCGCAUCAUCAUCGUGGUGGUCAUCACCUUCCUGAUCCUGUGGACGCCGUCCUUCGUCAACAUCAUUAUGAAGCAGGUCAGCAGGUAUGGCCUGGUGUUCAGGAACGAAGCCACCAACGCCUUCGCCAUCAUGGCGCGCGUGAACGCGCUCAGCACGCCCGCGCUCUACCUGUGGGGCAGCCCGACGUUACGCGCGUCGGUGUGGCGCGCGGGCUGGGGCAAAGUACAGUGGACGAGGUAG